GUCACGGCGGCUGGUGGCGCAGGAGGGGGGCGGUGGCGGGCAGUGCGUGUCUUGCUGCGGUCGCAGCGAUCGGUGUCCGGCGUGUGGCUCCGCCGCGGCGCAGGGGAGCGGAGGCCGCGCCAUGUCGCGGCUCAGCCCGCAGGAGGAGAACUUGCAGGGUUCCUGGGUAGAGCUCCACUUCAGCAGUAAUGGAAAUGGCAGUGGAAGCGCUGCCACUUCAACCAGCCAGGAGCAAGUACCAGCGUCUAUUUCCAUUCACAAUGGUGACAUGGAGAAAAUACUCCUUGAUGCUCAACACGAAUCUGGAAGAAGCAGUUCAAGGGAAAGUUCACAUUGUGACAGCCCUCCUCGUUCCCAGACGCCUCAGGACAGUCACAGAGCUUUGGAAAUAGAGAGUCACAGCAGUGGAGAAAAGAAUAGCUUUCAGUCUGAAGAAGACUUUCUUGAAAGGAGGAAAGAAGUAGAGCGGCUGCUGAAGAAGAAUGCGGAUUGGAUAUGGGAUUGGUCCAGCAGGCCGGAGAACAUCCCACCCAAGGAAUUCCUCUUCAAACAUCCCAGGCGCACGGCUACUCUCAGCAUGAGAAACACCAGUGUAAUGAAGAAAGGGGGGAUAUUCUCAGCGGAAUUUUUGAAGGUUUUUCUUCCCUCUCUGCUACUUUCUCAUUUGCUUGCCAUUGGACUAGGCGUUUACAUCGGACGGCGCCUGACGACCACAGCGUCCAGCAGCACCUUUUAGAGGCGCCCGGAAUCCCGGUUCGAAGCAAAGGGAAUAGCGGAGGUGAACGGCAGGAGGGUCUCAGCUGGCGCUGGCUGCGUGAUCAGUGUGUGCUUGUUCCGCGAAUGUGGUGGUGCUGGGGUAGCAGGGAGGGGAGGGAGAGACUAAAGCCCGUGUAUCAUACCUAGUCUGCUGGAUCAAUUCUUAGAGCAUGUGUCAGGUGCAUUAACAUCCGUUAUAUUGCUUUGUAGUGAAGCAUCUUGGAAAAUUAAAAGAACUUGAUGUUUAACAACAAUCCUAGCUUUAACAUAGCCGUUGUGAUGGGGCGAGGUGUUCAUCUGAACUGCUGUUUCCGUACGCUUCAUAGAUGUGAGUAUUCGUCACUGCUGCUGUAAUCAUGACACAAAGGGAUUAGCCCCAAACGACGUGUGGCCUUACGUAUCAUAGACGGGAAUUCAGAGAAGCUUUUGCCUGGCCGGAGGCAGCUCCUUCCUUCCUUGGAGUUGCUGAGCUCCCUCUUGUGUGAGCGUGACGUGAAGGGACACCGUCAGCGGGAAGGAGCGUGCGGGUGGGACCCCCGUCCCUUUCCACUAGUUCAGAGUGUGAUGCACAACAGCCUGAAUUAAAAUGCGGACUUUGGUGCCUAAUAAAUAGCUUCUUUUGCAAAGGCAUUUAUUUAACUCCCUAAUUAUUAGAGAUUCCUUCCCGAGUGUCUCCUCGCAGACUAUUGCUUCUCAGUCUUUUUAUCUGUAAAAUAAUAAAUUUGCAUCUUAUAUUUGCCUCAUCCUUGUAUAGAUUUAAAUAAAGGGUUGCUUGCUUAUUUGUUUUUACUGAUGGAAUGCCUUUUCAUUCAGUGAUUUUAUCUUAUUUAAUGAGGAAAAAAAAUAAAUGUUUGCCAAAAUACCAUGUUUUGUAUAUUUAAAUAAAAAUGUUCCUUGUGGA